GUGUAAGGGAUCGAAGAGUAAGGUUGUCGAUCAAAAUCGCUCAUAAGUUCUUUGAUCUUCAACACAUGUUGGGUUGCGACAAAGCAAGUAAUACCCUUGAUUGGCUUCUCAACAAGUUGAACACCGCCAUUAAAGAGCCAAUGGAAAUGAAGCAGCUUCACAGCUGCAGUGGAGUUCUUGCCAAGAGUUUUACUUCUACUUCCGAAUGUGAUGUAGCUUCAAGAACCAUUGAAGCUGCUAAGAAUGGAGAUUCUCAUGAACAAGUUCAUGGAAGGUGA